ACGACGAUCUUCGCGGAAAGGUGAUAGUGGUUCGCCGUCCGUGUUUGUUUCCAAUAAAUGAGAACGGCAAGCAAUAAUAACACCACCAGCAGCAGCAACAACAGCUAGCAGCCGUCGAUAACAGCUACGUUGUAGUAUUUCUUUCCGAUUCCGGCGGUGGCGCAGUGCAAUAAAGUGUAGGCCGUGUCGAUGAGGUAGAUCGGCCCGCGGUGGUGUCCCCCUGGUGUCACGAUAUCAUGUCGUCGCUGUCGUCGACGUCUUCGUUGCUGGCAGGUGGCGCCGGCCAUCAGCAGCAGCAGCAGCAUCAGCAGCCUCGCUCGCCCAUAGUGGCUGCGGCCGUUGCUGCCGCCGCAGCCAUCACGUCGUCGACGAUCGGAACACCCGUCGCCGGCGGUGGCGGUGCCAAGCUGAGCAGCGCCGUCGGUUGGGCCAACAAACGGAGCCCCAUCCAUCAUCUCACCACGAGCCAAGAUGUGAUUAAUCAGGGAAAAUGUCUCUGCGGUGAGUACAUUCGGGCCCGGCUGAAGCGGUCCGGUUUGCUCAACCGCAAGACCCUCCAGCGGCUGCGCAACUCGAUGGAGGAAUGUGCGGCCGAGGCGGGUGCCGGCGUCGUGGUGCGCGAAGCCUUUCCCAUCCUGAACGAGAUGGGCGAGGAGCUGGAGCGGAUGCACCCGCGGCUCUACAUCAACGUCAGCCGGCAGAUCUCGAACGAACCGUGGGGCGAGCUGACGGAACCGGACACCGUCGGUUACCUGCUGCACGUGGUCGCGAAGGAUCUGUUCAAGAGUGGCAUCACCUGGGGCAAGGUGAUAUCGUUGUUCGCGAUCGCCGGCGGGUUGGCGGUCGAUUGCGUCCGGCAGGACCAUCACGAUUACCUCCGGCAGCUGAUCGAGGGCACGACCGACGUCAUCGAGGAGGACCUGAGCGGGUGGCUGGUGGAGCGGGGCGGCUGGCUUGGCCUGCAGGACCAUGUGCAUCCGCCGGUGGCCGAAAUUAGUCUCACCGGAUGGCUCAGCAUCACCGUGCUCACCCUGUUCGUCAUCUACGUCGUGUCGCUGUUCCUGCGGGUACUCGGAACCAACUACAACGUUACACCGGCGGCGGCCACCCGCUCUGACUAAUCUCCUGGGGCUCGAAUAUGCAAUGCAAAAGCAAAUCUCCUGUUAUCGCUUACUACCACUUAUUAUACUUCCACUAACAAGCAUUCCAAAAACAAAAAACAAAAAACGCCUCCCUUGUAACCUUGGGAACGAAAAAU